AUGGAUCCCAAUCCUGCCCCCGGAGCUGUCCCAGCUGUCGCUGGCGUCGACAAAGCCGAGACAAAGCCCAACGGCAUAGAGGCAGUUUCUGUGCCGGAGAUCGUGGAGAAGCCUGUCGAGGAGAAGCCGGCAGAAGUCAAGCCGGUCGAAGAGAAGUCAGCUGAAGAGAAAAAGGAGGAACCCGCGCCUGCCACAGAAACAUCAGCCGUUCCUGCCGAGGAGCCGGCCAAGGUCGCAGAGCCUUCUGCGCUCGCCCCGCCAGCUGAUGCUCCAGUCGCAAAUGCUUCUGCCGCCGAUGCACCAAAGCCGGCCACUGUCGAAGAGGUCCCCGACAAAGACGGGCCGGCUGCGACGACCGGCGUGGAGGCUCCCAAGGCCAUUCCUACAGAGCAGCCAGCGGCCGCAGCUCCAGCUCCAGCUGCGACGACUGCGCCCGCAACCGAGACUGUUAAGGAAUCAGUCGAGGAGCCCAUCGCGCAGAAGCCUGCUGAGGAACCCGUAGUCGAAGACGAGCCGGCCAAGGAGCCCGUCAUCGAGAAGCCCGAUGCCGUUAAUGGCGCGGCCUCCAAGGACGUAGAGAUGACGGGCGCCCUUAACGAGGCCGAGCCCUCCGGUUCUGGAGAGCGCGAGGCGGCACCGCAGGCCAAGCCCAGUAACAAGCGCAAGGCGGAUGAUCUCGAUGCCGUUGAUGCCGCCGACGCCGCCAACGGCACCAACGGCGUGGCGGAAGCGAAGCCGGAGCCUGAGGAGAAGCCGGCCGAGAAGAAGGUCAAGACCGGGAAACCCGUCCGGCCUCCGAAGGCUACCAACGGCGCAGCCAAGAAAGAAUCCCCGAAGAAGGACAAGGAGUCUCUGGGACACAAGAUCUCCGAGAAGGUCAAAAAGGUCCUGCCGCCUGUCGGCCGUACCGCGCGCAAGACUCGCUCGCAGGGCCCCGCCUGA